AUGAAGGCGGCCUGUCGUGAUCAGCAAGAUGUUGUUCGCCUUCUCCUCGACAAAGGGGUGCAUAUCGAGGAGUGCAAUAACGAGGGAUGGACUGCACUUCACUUCGCGGCUCGGGAGGGGUGUAUUCAUACUGCGCGCCUGCUCCUCGAGCGCGGUGCCAAUGUCAACGCGCUCAACAGCUUGCACCGCACGCCCCUUCAUCUCGCUGCGCAGUGUGAGAACCAUAAUACCGCGGUCAUCAGGCUCCUCGUCGACCGGGACGCCGCGCUCGAAGCCCGUGACAACGAUGGGCGAUCUCCUCUGUUACUGGCCAUCUACUACGGCGGCACAUACCAUACCAUCAACCUACUACUGAGCUUAGGUGGCAACCCGCGAGCACGCGCAGAUGACGGGACGAUCCUUCGGGAUGUAGGCGGACACCCGGAAGUGGGGGACGCUGAAAGAAAUACUCAGAGUCAAAGGAAUGCGCGCAUCCGAGAGUUGCUCAGGCAAGCGGGAUGCCCCGUGGAGACAGGCAAGGUUCCGAAGCAUUCGUGCGGGAGCACCAGGACGAAGACGAUCGGGGGUUUGAGGCAAGUCUGACAACGUUCUGUUGAC